CACACCAUGGAAAACUAUACCAUGGACUUAGCCGACUGGCCACUGACAACAGAAUUUGACUACAGCGAUUCAACGCCAUGCCCAGGAACUGAGGAAAAACACUUUGCAGCAAAACUUCUGCCACCGCUUUAUUCUUUGGUGGUGAUAUUUGGCCUCACGGGCAACAUGCUUGUUGUCCUUAUCCUGGUAAAAUACAAGAGAUUGAAGAGUAUGACUGACAUCUACCUGCUCAAUUUGGCAAUUUCUGAUUUGCUGUUUGUAUUUUCUCUCCCUUUUUGGGCUUAUUAUGCUGUUCACGACUGGAUUUUUGGGGAAGCGCUGUGUAGAAUUCUCUCAGGUGUCUACCUGCUUGGCUUCUACAGCGGGAUCUUUUUCAUAAUCCUGUUGACCCUAGACAGGUAUCUGGCCAUAGUGCAUGCAGUGUUUGCUUUAAAAGCUAGGACAGUUACCUACGGCAUCCUCACCAGCGCUGUCACUUGGGCUGUUGCUAUUUUUGCUUCUGUUCCUGGGAUAGUAUUUCACAAAACUCAAAAGGAAAAUUCACGUUAUACUUGCAGUGCUCAU